AUGCCACACUUGGGAGUAACAAGCAGUAUUAACAGCAUCAGCAUAAGGCGAAAAACUAGUGCUGUUGUUGCUGCUGCUACUGGUCCUGGUGUUGUUGUUGUUGUUAUUGUUGGCGGUGAUGGUGGUGUUGUUGCUGCUGUUGCUGCUUGCGAUGACGGUGGUGGUGGCAAUGGUGGUAGUAGCGGUAGUGGUGGUUAUUGUGUGCAUAAAAUUGCUGAAAGCGCCAUUGAGCGUUUACUCACAAACGCUGGCUCCUCGAACACCUUACCUGAUUCAACAUCCGAUAGUUGGGAGGCAUUGGAGGCAGGGUUUGGUGCGUUGGAGGAAGAGGAAAGGGGAAGGGGAUGGCGAGGGGAAAACAACAGAGGUUACAGUUCACCAAACAUACAUGCUAGUAACAAAAUGAGUGAUGGUCAUAUAUACCGUUAUCGUUGCUCCCAGUGUUCAUUGGCAUUUGGUACCCAAGAACGUUUAGCGCAGCAUACAAUCUAUCAUGCCUUUAGAACAACUUAUCGGUGUCCUCAGUGUUCCAGAAGCUUUACCUCGGCAGAUGCUCUCCAGAAGCAUACAUCACAGGAGCACAUUAAUGGUAAUUGA